GUGGGAUUUUAGGAGCAUUUCUGGAGCUUGGACAAGACAGAAAACAAGAUCCCACCACAGCUGAUCCUGCAGAUCUGGGACAACGACAAGUUCUCCUUCGAUGACUAUUUGGGCUCCAUCCAGAUGGAUCUCAACAGGAUGCCCAGACCCGCCAAGACGGCCGAGAAGUGCUCCCUGGAGCUCCUGGACGACACGGUGUCCUCCAGCCGCUUUGUGUCCCUCUUUGAGCAGAAAACUGUCAAGGGCUGGUGGCCCUGUGGGGCUGAGCAGGACCAGAAGAAGAUCCUGGCGGGCAAGCUGGAGAUGACUCUGGAGAUCGUGGCCGAGCAGGAGCACGAGGAGCGCCCGGCUGGGCUGGGCCGGGACGAGCCCAACAUGAACCCCCGGCUGGAGGACCCCAAGCGCCCCGAAACCUCCUUCCUGUGGUUCACCUCACCCUACAAGACCCUCAAGUACAUCCUGUGGAGGAGGUACAAGUGGAUGCUGAUCCUGUUCAUCAUCCUCAUCAUCCUGCUGCUCUUCCUGGGAAUCUUCAUCUACGCCUUCCCGAACUACGCUGCCAUGAAGCUGGUGAAGCCUUUCAGCUGAGCUGGGACACCUGCA